CGCGCAGCCGCACUCCGCACUCCUCACUCCUACUACGCUACCGUCAGCCUCAGCCCCAGCCGUCAGUGUAUCUUGUGCUCUCCUACAUGGAAUAACCCUCGGACACUUACUUUACCACACUCUGUUGAUUAAAGAUUAUAAUGACGAAAGGACUUAACGAACUAGCAAGAGAGCAAGUAGCACUAAGGAAGGAGCAAGCUUUCAUCAGAAAACAGCUGGGCGUGGAAGAUGAGGAAGUGGACUCAGCAUCUGACGCGGCUCUCUCCAUCCACGAGGAAUACAUUUCCUCAGCAGACGAGCUUGAUGAGGAAUCUGACAAGAUGCAUUCCAAGUGUCCAGCCCGGACAAUAUCCGUCAUGUCAAGCGAUGGAGGAUACAUGUCAUCAGACGAGGAUAAGCAACCACAGUACAAAAGUACCAAGUCUGUUAGCUUUGUUGUCGAUCUAAAUGAUAGCACCGUGCAAGAAAAUGAUAUUGAAAAAUAUAUCAAAAGUUUACCUUUAGACCUCCAAAAGCUGCUUGAAGGAAUUAGCCAAGGUAUACCUAAUGACUAUACAGUUCCGAUCGAUAAGAAACCUGAUUGGCUGGAUAUGAAGAAAAUGAAAGUCGGACAAAUGUUUGCUCAAAAGUUUUACUUCGGUCUGAAUUAUUCUGAAAUGCUCUCUUUACUGAUCCUCUUUGCCUUCCCAGAUGGUCUCCAACCUUUAAUUUUCACUGGAAACUCUGGAACACCGUUUACUGCUUUCAGAAGAUAUCUAUCAACUGUGAUGAGAGUAAAAUCGUGGUUUGAGCAUGAUGUCUUUGAUGAAAAAAGUCUCGCUUACAAGAACAUGAAAACAGUAAGAGCAAUGCAUCUCAACGUUAGCAAAAGACUUAACUCAGUUCCCUACGACAAACUCAAAACCCAGUUGACCGUUACAGGGCCAUCAAACGACACUGCCGUUUGGUCUAAUGUAAAAAAUAAAGUCCAAGAAGAUUUCCAAUCAGGAUGUCCAGUCAUGAAUUUCAGACCGAUUGACCACGAAAGAGUAGGUAAAGUGUUUGUAAAUCAACUCGACAUGAGCAUAACGCAAUUUGGAUUUGUCGGCCUCAUGAUAAUGCACCCUGAGAAAUUCGGUGCGGGUAAUGCAACAGAGGAAGAAUUAGAAGGUUUUGUUCAUUUGUGGAGAGGCUUGGGUUACCUUCUAGGGAUAGAAGAUAGAUUCAAUUUCUGUAACGGAACUCUAGAUGAGAUACGUCGCAGAUGCCAUUACUUGGUUGACAACUGGGUGAAGCCUAGUUUCCAGCAUGUGACAGAAGACUGGGAGCACAUGUCUCGGUGCAUGGUGGAGGGAGUGAGCUACUAUGUGCCGGGGGUGUCGUUUGAGGUGUCUCUGUUGUACUUAUGUUGGGUACUUGAUAUUCCUGCACCUAGACUGUACGCAUCCCUCUCAUGGGGUCAAACCAUCAUGUUCAACAUCAUGAAGAUGACCAUGUGCUUCACCCUGAGGAUACCAGGAAUGUUGACCUUCCACAACUGGCUGAUUAGACGCUCUCUACACAGGGCAUCCUCCUGGACCCCUGACCAUCUGGAGAAACUGCAGAGCAAGACUUAUAGCUAUCAGAAGAAAGAAAGCUUAAACACGAGGCUGUGAUAUUUUAAUUUAGGAUUUUUAGUAUCCUUGUUUAUUUGUACAUUUGUAAAUAAAAUGUGUAUAUAGUUAGUAAUAGUGAUAUAUUAACAAAAUAUAAAAGUUUCUGUCCA